UGACCCGGCCUCCGCCAGGCUUGCUCACUGAGAAGCUUCCGACCGGCCUCGGACGCGGCGCUCCGCCCCGGAAACCCGCCCCGCCGCCGCCACCUUGGCGCGCUUUUGAAACAGACUGUGUGUGCGCAUUUCGCAGGCUCCGGCCGCUUGGGCGCCUCCUUUUUGUCCCCUAGGCCCCCGCCCCUGCGCAGCGAUGAAGAGGACUCGCGAGGAGGUGGACGCGACGCUGCAGGUCGCCAAGUUGAACGCAGCCGAGCUGCUCCCGGCCGUGCACUGCCUGGCCUUCGGGCCCGGGGCCAACGGCGCCGCUGCCGGCGACAUCUGCCUGCUGGAGCUGGAGCCCGCGCUGUGCCAACAGCUGGAGGUUGGACACAGUCUUGUUAUUCGUGGUGAUAAAGAUGAGCAGGCUGUGAUAUGCAGUAAAGAUAAGACAUACGACUUGAAAAUAGCAGAAACUUCAAAUAUGUUACUUUUUAUUCCUGGUUGUAAAACUUCAGACCAACUGAAGGCAGAAGAAACACACAGUAACAUUAUUCAUGCUGAGAUCUUUGGUUUUUCUAAUAAUUACUGGGAAUUAAAAAGAUGUAGACCUAAAUUAAAGAAGCUGAAGAAACGUUUAAUGGAAAAUACCUAUGAAGGGCCUGACAGUCAAAAAGAAAAGGAUUCAAAUCGCUCAAAAUAUACAACUGAAGAUUUGCUUGAUCAAAUUCAGGCAAGUGAGGAAGAAAUAAUGACACAAUUACAAGUCCUAAAUGCCUGCGAAAUUGGAGGUUAUUGGAGGAUUCUUGAAUUUGAUUAUGAGAUGAAACUUCUGAAUCAUGUAACUCAGCUUGUGGAUUCUGAAUCUUGGUCUUUUAGUAAAGUUCCUUUGAAUACCUGCCUUCAGGAACUUGGCCCACUGGAACCAGAGGAAAUGAUAGAACACUGCCUUAAAUGUUAUGGAAAGAAAUAUAUAGAUGAAGGUGAAGUUUAUUUUGAAUUGAGUGCUGAUAAAAUAUGCAGAGCAACAGCACAGAUGCUACUUCAAAAUGCAGUGAAAUUCAAUCUCGCUGAAUUUCAAGAUGUGUGGCAACAGAGUGUUCCCGAAGGAAUGAUAACUAGGCUUGAGCAGCUUAAGGGUUUAGCGCUUGUGGAUAGACACACGAGACCAGAAAUUAUAUUUCUGUUGAAAGUAGAUGAUUUACCUGAGGACACUCAGGAACGUUUUAACAGCCUCUUCUCUCUAAGGGAGAAAUGGACAGAGGAAGAUAUUGCUCCGUAUAUUCAGGAUUUGUGUGGAGAGAAACAAACCAUAGGGGCAUUACUCACUAAAUAUUCUCGUUCUUCAAUGCAAAAUGGUGUUAAAGUUUAUAAUUCACGAAGGCCCAUUUCUUAAAGAACAGCCAUCCUUUCUUUGGGACUAAAGUUGCUUUAUAAAGUUGUUGGUUAUAAGAUCCUUUAUGUGUUUAUGUGCCUAACCUUUUUUUUUAUUCCUAACUUAAAAACCUUGUCCUUUGAGGCAUUUUUCUCCUCAUCCUCAGCACUUUGAAACUACUACUAUUCAUAUUUUUAAAAACACAGUAAGAUAUUUCUAUAUCUUUCCAGUUACAUUUGUAUUACAGAGACAAUGUAAACACAGACCAAUGAAAGUGCUAUUUCUUAGACUUAGUAUAUCUCUGAGGUCUAUAUAGGUUUUGUUUAUAACAAGGUGGUUUUACUUUUUAUGAUAUUUAAAAUUUGAUUGCUUUCAUUAGGAUUUCAUGUUCUAAUCAUUAAUACAUUUAAACAUUUUUCAGAGAACUAGAUACUAGUACUUUCAUAGAAAAGAAUUGUUCACUUACAUGUCAUUUCUCAAAUACAUAAGUUCCCCUCUACUUUCAACUCUUCAUCAAAACAGGAAGUCACUAGAAGCUAUCAUUUAUCUAAAUUAGUUGUUUGCAUUGAUGGGGUUGGCUUGAUAAUUGCCCCUCUGUUGACUUGGCUAAAGACAACAUGGGUUUGAUCCUUAAUCCUAUGUGAAAAAUACUAAGUUUACAAUCUGUUUAAUAGAGAAUACUGGCGCAGGUAAUACUAGAAAACUACACAUAAUUUCUAGUUGGUUUUAGAAUGCUUCAUGGUUUGGUUAAGACCAGUGUUCAAAUUAUUUUUAACGUAGCUAAUGGUUUUACAUCACCAGGACAGU